UAAGUAUAUAUAUAUAUGUGCAGAGGUUGUGCAUUAAGUAAGUUCUCUGCUGAUUCUUCGCACUGUCAACAUGGCUCCCAGAGGUAUGCUCACCAUGACAACCGUUCUCCUGUGCUUCAUACUAAGCCUGCUCAGUCCAGCUCCAGGUGCCUUAGGUUCCCAUACGGGCAAAGCCUGUUGUACAAGAUACAAUAGGAAGCCAGUACCCUUCCAGCGUAUAAAGGGCUACAGAGAACAAACCACAAUGGAAAACUGCCGCAUCGAAGCGAUCAUCUUUUCUACAAGAAAGAGAUAUGAGAUAUGUGCAACACGAAAGGAUGAGUGGGUGAGGAAAACUCUGGAAUUACUCAGUUCAAAACUGAAGAACAUGUCGAAGGCCGGCUCUGCUGCAGGUGAAACUCAGAUGAGGAAAAGUGUAAACCCUUCAUUUCAUGACGGAAGUGGAUCUUUCUUCAUUACCACAGAAACCUUCCCAAACACCACUGAAAGCUUUUAUUAGCAAAAAUCAGGUUGUGGUGUUAGAGAUUAGAGAACGAAAGGUUUUGUGCUAUAGAAAUGCCAAUUUGAGUGAAUGUUUGAGAGAAAUUGAAUCUACUGUAAUCCAGUCAUGUUAGGGAUAUUAUCUCUGAAAAAGUAAAGAAAUGCUAAUUACUUUCACUUGCCUACACAUGCUCCAAUAGCAAUACUCCAGGUAAUCAUGAUUUAAGGGAAACCUGAGAAGAACAGCUUUGAGACUACAAAUGAAGUCGAUUAUGUGCUUAGCCAAAUAGCAAAUGUUUACGUGAACAUUUCUGUUUUUUAAAAUCAUGCUUUUGUGACUAUGAUGUUUCAUCUCCUGCUAUGAAUCUCCUGCUUAAUGAAGUUAAUGUGCUAAAAUAUAUCAAUAGCAAUUCUCAUAAACAAAUAAAUUUACAUAGUGCUCCA